AAGUUAUUCUCAUUAUUUCUAUUUAUAUCCAAUUUUGUGUUACUUCGGUAUCUAAUUAUCGACAUAAACAUCUGACAUAUCGAUACAGAUAGUAAAUGAUAAAAGCGACUUCUGUAACACGACAUGGGAUGGGGUGUCGUGUUGGUCGACCACAUCAGCCGGACAAUUAUCGGUCAUUCCGUGUUUUUCUGAAUUCAAUGGAGUUUUCUAUGACAUAACCCAGAAUGCCUCGCGUUUGUGUCACUUAAACGGAUCGUGGGCUGAGAAGGCUGACUAUAAUCGGUGCAGUCCUUUAACUUCCGAGUAUGAAAUACCAUCGACUCUAUGGGAUGUGAGAGAAACGGCUACCAUAUACUACAUCGGAUACGGUCUGUCUCUAAUCGCACUGACUAUAGCGUUGUGGAUAUUUUUAUAUUUUAAAGAUUUACGUUGUGUUCGUAAUACUAUUCACACAAACCUGAUGAUCACAUAUAUGCUCAUUGCCAUUUGUUGGAUCACAACUGACAGACUUCAUUCAAAUCCCUCCUCAAACCUAUCAAAUAAUGCGUCAUGUCUGCUCGUUAUUCUCCUCACAUACUUAAUGGGAACCAAUUUCUUCUGGAUGUUUGUCGAAGGACUCUAUCUAUACAUUUUGGUCGUCAAAACAUUUUCUAUAGAACUGGUCAAAGUCCAUAUCUAUACCUUCAUUGGUUGGGGUCUGCCAGCGCUGGUCGUCAUGAUUUGGGCGCCGAUUAAGGCAUACUUUAGUGGAAGUUUGGACGGUCGUCCGUACGGGCCAUCAGGGUGCCCCUGGCAACUCAAGGAUUUUUUCGACUAUAUCUUCAUAUGUCCGGUCAUUUUUGUUCUCCUGGUAAAUAUAUUUUUCUUGGGAAAGAUUAUGUGGGUAUUGAUCACCAAACUGAGAGCCGCCACCACCGCUGAGUCCAAACAAUAUCGGUUAAUUCUUGGGAUCAAAAUAUAUGAUUUGAUUGUAAACAGGAAAGCGGCAAAAGCUUUGCUCGUAUUGAUCCCGCUGUUAGGUGUGGCCUAUAUGUUAGUGUUGGUCACACCGACCCAUCGAACCGCUAAACUUAUCUUUCAAUAUCUUCAAGCGAUUCUUGUCUCCACUCAAGGAUUCACUGUUGCAGUGCUUUAUUGCUUCUGUAAUGGAGAGGUGAGAAAUUCUGUGCGACACCACUUUGAGCGCUUCAAACUGCGGCGAACCCUAAGGGGCGGCGAAUACCCCGUCGGACAGAGAAAUACUUUCGCGUUUCGGUCCCUAAGAUAUGGCGAGAAUGUGAAACUGUACCGAACCCGUGGUGAGAGGGACAGGGGCUCGUGUAUCAGCUUUUCGACCACAACCACGUAUGUCAGCAACAACUCGGCAAAGACUCACAAACUAUCCACCAAUGGAUCCGCUAAUAACUCGACUGCUGUUUACGGACCCAUCGCUGGCCGUAAGCGAAGCGAUGAAGACGUGCUAUGAAUACAAACAUUGCAAACAUUAUGACCAUUGAGUUGAUGCCCUCAAGCCCUUCAUUAUUAUAUCAAUAUUGUAUGAAAUUUAUCAUAAAAUUCACAC